AUACAUGUUUGCCUGUUUGUUUCAUGUGUUGUCCGAGGAUACCCACUGGUGUACUGGAUGCCUCUAGAGAUGUAGUGCUAACCGUGCGCAAGACAUCACGGAUAGCAAAUGAGUCCCAGGUCGAGUCCGAAGCAUGGACGCAGCUGUCAUUCCGAUGGGACUUGGCGUCUUGUAAUCAUCAUAAUUUAUUCUCUGGUGCUGAAUGUACUUUCAUCAUGUUCGGCAUUUCGUGUGGGAAGUCGCUACCACUUUCCGACUUCCGGGCACCUGUCAGCGCGAUCACUAGAGCGCCUAGGCGUGUGCAACGGAACUCCGCCCUGCUCAGUCAUUCGCGAUGACACGGCGCGAAAGGAGCGCCGUUGGUCUUUCAAGCUCCCUCUGAGGCUUAUUAAAUCACACCAGAAAACUUCCCGUACCCCAUCGCAGGUGGUUCUUUAUGCAUCACUCGAUGGCCACAACUCCGCGGCUACUCCGCCUGCUCACGACGGCACCAGCAUCGAUAAUGUGAAAAGAGACCAAUACCGGCCGUCCGAUGGCGAUAUAGUCCUAGUCCAUAUUCAGUUCAUUAUUGACACAGGUGAAGGGUUCGGGUCAAUCUGUUUUGGAGGCGACAGAUGCGUCUCAGACUGCGGGCACCCUGACCAUAAAGCGGGGUGCUGCGACCCUCAACCAUCAAGAUCUCUCGAGAGUGGACUGAAGCAAACAGAAAUAGCGACAGCUUUUGCUCGUCAUGAAAAUCCAGCCUCACCUUCAUCUUCGUCUGUGGCUGACCCUCCUGAUGACCGAAACGCUCCUCCUCAGUGUCAAGGGAAGCACGGGAAGCCUGUUUUUGUUCCUUUCUCAAUACCCGGUGAAUACGUCUGGGUGCGAAUCCACAAAGCACUUGCGCAGCACAGCAUUGGAUUCAUUGUCGCUUACGUCAACGCGCCUUCUCCUCGGCGGGUGACAUCUCCAUGUCCCUACUUUGGAGCGUGCAGUGGAUGCCAAUAUCAGCAUAUGCCACUGUCAAUGCAGCAUGAGGUAAAACGAGGUCAUGUCCAAGGCGUUCUCUGCCGACUGGCUGGUUUGCCCGAGAGUGCAACCGUAAAUCCGGUUCUGUCGAACAACGAGCGUGGAGGAUACCACUACAGGUCAAAAAUCACCCCUCACUACACGUUUUACCAAGCGGGUAGCCUUCCGGCGGUGGGGUACAACGACGUGCGAUAUCCGAGACGAGUUCUCGAAAUUGAGUCUUGUAAACUGGCCUUGAGGUCGGUCAACGAGAAGCUUGCUGAGAUCCGCAAGCAGAUCGCCGUUCAAGCUCAAGCUGUGUCCCCUGACGCAGCAGAAGCGCGGCAAAAAGGUGCAACGGUUUUGUUACGUGAUACAGGUUUGAAUUCCGUCACAAGCGACCCCGGGACACUAUGCGCAUCCACUGGGAUCGAUGGCCUUCACUGCUGGUAUAGAGCAGGAGACUUCUUCCAAGUCAAUCGUCGCGUUUUGCCUCUUCUGGUUUCGCACGUGAGGGAACAACUCCGCGAUCUGCGUGAAGUCCCUGGACAGCAACCUCCCCACCGUCGCCUCCUUGACUGUUACUGCGGUGUCGGACUCUUCGCCUUGGCAUGCCACGAUGACUUCGAUGAAGUGGUUGGUUUUGACGUAUGUUCAUCAAGCAUAGAACUGGCAAAAUACAAUGCACAGUUCAACUCCAAGUGGAGAGCGCGUUUCGAGGUCAGCGACGCGAAGAACUUUUUUGAAUCCUUUAGCGCGGGGCACUCGUCCUCGGACAAGAGCCGUUUGUUUGUUGUUCUUGACCCGCCAAGAAAAGGAUGCGAUUCCGAGUUCUUGCUCAGCUUGCUCAAGCUGAAACCGGAACGAAUUGUGUACAUAUCAUGCCACCCGGCAACGCAGGCGAGAGAUUUGAAAGCUGUUUUGCCCCUGUACACGGUGAAGAACAUUCAGCCUUUCGACAUGUUUCCUCACACGCGACAUAUCGAAUGCGUUAUCACCUUGGAGCGAUCCACUAAACAGUACACUCCAGAGCAACCUCACGGCUGUCCGAUUCCAGCUACUCAUAAAAUCGCCAAGGCGAGAAAAACAGAAGGAAUCCCUAGCGAGACACAUGGCUGGUACACGCGCACUUGA